GGUACACCGAAAAUCUCUAGUUUCGUGCACGGUUCAGCAAAAUUCGGCCCUCGACGUGACGCCCGCGCUCCUCAGAUACCCAGCUCGCACUUGGACUCACUGCUUCAAAAUCUCUCCUCCUUUUUUCCAUUUGGAAUUCCCCCUCUCGCGGUCUCUUCUCAACGAUCUCCACUAGUUCUACUGUUCUCCUCGUUCGAUCGAUCCGUGGUUUCUGUCUUAACUCAGAUAGAAACCCUAGCUGUUCGCGCGGUUGUAAGAUGGUUGGAGACGCGGAGGAGUGCGUUCAAGCGGCUCUGCCGGUAACCACGAGCUGUGGAGAAGAUGCGCCGAUGGCGGAUUCGUCCUUGGGCAAGGCCGGGAGGCGAUUUAGCGCCAGGUUGCUGGGAAAACGGCGGCAGUCGGAGCCAGGUCCCAGUGACAACAUAGCGAGAAAAAUGGAAGUAGAGGGUAGUGUUGGUGGUGGGGAUGGCUGCUUCCGGAAUGGAGCUGCGAAGAGUGACCAUGGCGAAGCUGCGACCACUGAGUUGCCCACGGCCAAGGUCGCUACCCGAUCCAGUCCCAGGCUUGCAGAGAAACAGCGGCCAAAUUGCAGUGAGAAGCAACCCGAGAAGGUUCCUAGGAAAGAAAUCGUGAAAAUGAGGGCCAUAAUGGACCUCUCGCUUAUGCAAGCUACCAACAGUGAGACUAAGGUGGUUCUUGGCAAGGUUGAUGCUAACGCACAGAGUAGUGUUGAUGGUGUGGGUGGUACCUCCCAGAAUGGAGCAGUGAAGAGUGAUCAUAUGAAGGUUAAGGAGGCACUGCGGGUUUUUAACAGUCACUAUCUUCAUUUUGUUCAGGCGGAAGAGCAUAGAGUAAAGCAAGUUGAAGUCAAACAAUCAGCGAAUUGUAAGGCUGUAAAAGUUAAGGUUCCGAAAAAGAAGAUUGGAGGCAGCAGUGAUGAUGAAAUAAAACGAGGUUCAAAAAGGCCUGAUCUCAAAGCAAUUAGCAAAAUGAAGGAGAAUAGAUCUGUUUUAUAUCCAGAGAAAAGAAUAGGCCAUCUUCCAGGUAUUGAUGUUGGGCAUCAAUUCUAUUCACGUGCUGAAAUGGUGGUUCUUGGUGUACAUAGCCAUUGGCUAAGUGGAAUUGACUACAUGGGGAUGUCUUAUGCUAAACAGGUAUCAUUGGAAAAAUAUAAGGGUGUUCCUUUUCCACUCGCUGUGUGCAUAGUGUUGUCAGGAAUGUAUGAGGAUGACACUGAUAAUGCAGAUGAAAUUCUGUAUACUGGUCAGGGUGGGCAUGAUCUUCUUGGAAAUAAGCAACAAAUCAAAGAUCAAAAGUUGGGACGCGGUAAUUUGGCAUUGAAGAAUAACUUUGAAUCUGGUUUGUCUGUUCGAGUUGUUCGUGGACAUGAAUCUCGAAAUAGCUAUUGUGGAAAAGUAUACACAUAUGAUGGCUUAUAUAAGGUAGUGAAAUAUUGGGCUGAGAAAGGGGUCCGGGGCUUUACAGUUUUCAAAUACAAAUUGAAGAGACUUGAAGGACAGCCUCUUUUAACAACUAGCCAGGUGUUUUUUGCUCGAGCACAUGCUCCUAGGUCAAUUUCAAACCUUCGUGGAUUAGUGUGUGAAGAUCUGAGUGGUGGUCAAGAGAACAUUCCAAUACCUGUAACCAAUGUUAUAGAUGAUCCACCAGUUGGGCCUAUAGAUUUUGUAUAUCAAAAGUCUAUGCAAUUUGCAAACAACUUGAAGCUUCCUACAAAUUGUCUUGGCUGUCAAUGCAAAGGGGGUUGCUCAAAUCCAAGAGCUUGUGCAUGUGCUCAGUUAAAUGGCAAUGAUUUCCCAUAUGUUCAACGGGAUGGUGGCAGGCUAAUUGAAGCCAAAUCUGUUGUCUUUGAAUGUGGUCCAAAUUGUGGGUGUAACGUUAGCUGUGUCAAUCGUAUAUCUCAGCAGGGAAUAAAAUAUCAUUUGGAGGUGUUUCGCACACCUAGCAAAGGGUGGGGAGUUCGAUCUUGGGACACUAUUCCUUCUGGCGCUCCAAUUUGUGAAUACACUGGAAUCCUUACAAAGACCGAUGACAUGGACAACAUAGCUGACAACAGCUAUAUUUUUGAGAUAGACUGUCUUCAGACGAUGAAGGGUCUUGAUGGCCGAGAGACGCGGCCUGGAGAUGUGUCCUCGCUCAUCAACCUUGAUGAUAAAAGAUCAGAGGUUGUAGAGUAUUGCAUUGAUGCAGGUUCAGUUGGUAAUGUUGCUAGAUUCAUUAACCACAGUUGCCAACCAAAUCUGUUUGUUCAGUGUAUUCUGAGCUCACACCAUGACAUGAAAAUGGCAAAGGUGAUGUUGUUUGCUGCAGACACUAUACCGCCAUUGGAGGAGCUCACAUACGAUUAUGGCUAUGCUCUGGAUAGUGUCGUAGGAGCUGAUGGGAAAGUUGUUAAGAUGCCAUGCCAUUGUGGGGCAGUUGACUGCAGAAAAUGGUUAUACUAAAUGGUUGGAUCAUUAGAUAGGUGUUAGUUAAUUCCUUGACAUCUACUGUAACGGUGCCCCUAAUUUUACAUUGGCCGGGGCAUUCCAAUUAUCUUUUCAGGGACUCUUCUUAACGAAAGAGUGCAAUGCCCCUAUUCUUUCAGCUGUAUUCUCUUUAGAACUUUUCAUGUAUUGUAAGUGGUAGCAUGCCUCAAAUCUUGAGCAUUUUUCACAACAUUGGCUCAAAUUUUUGAUGUAUUCUCUUUGGAAAGGGGGUAUUGUAGACCACUCCACAUCUGUAAGCAUUACAUUACAACUUAACUGUUUUGAAUGAAGUUUCCUUUUCCAAUUUGAAUA